AUGGAGGCUACUUAUAUAUGGCUGCUGAUGAUUGGAAUUCUGGCAGUUGUCCACUGUCAGGCUCUUCCUGACUGGGAGGAAAAUAAUGAGACAGAAAUCUAUUUACAGGAUGAAACACACUCAGAAACAUCCCUGCCAUGCCAUAAAAUCUCCACUAGCAAUACCAUUUUUGCCCUACGUUUAUACAAGGAAUUAACUUUGGCAUCUCCCAAUGAGAACAUUUUCUUCUCCCCAGUAAGCAUCUCCAUUGCCUUAGCCAUGUUGUCCCUUGGGACCCAAGCUACAGUUCAGACCCAAAUCCUAGAGGGAUUGGGCUUUAACCUCACAGAGCUACCAGAAUCUGAGAUCUACAAGAGUUUCCAGCAUCUCAUCUAUAAGCUAAACCUGAGCAGCAAAAAACAUGAACUGAAGAUAGGAAGUUUCAUGAUCCUGGAUAAGCAACUUAAAUCACUUCAUGAAUGGCAUACCACCAAGGAGUGGUAUGAAGCCACAACUUUUACCUUCAACUUCACUAACUUUUUCUCAUCUAGGAGACAGAUUAACAAAUACAUAGAGAAUGAAACCUAUGGGAAAAUUAGAGAAUUUCUUCAAGACUUCAAUCAGGACACUGUAAUGGUGCUUGUGAAUUAUAUAUUUUUUAAAGCCAAAUGGAUACACCCUUUCAAACACUAUUGGAUUAAGAACCAUCUAAGUUCUUCUGUGGAUAAGAAGAUUAGAUCUUCAAUGAUGCACCAAAAGGCACAGCACCGGUUUUUGUAUGAUAAGGAGCUGGCUUGCAUUGUACUCCAGAUGGAAUACAUUGAAAAUGUCCUCAUCCUUCUCAUUCUGCCAGAUGAAGGGAAAAUGAGACAAGUGGAAGAUUCUCUGAAGCCAGAAACCCUGAAGAAAUGGAACAAAUUACUAUUGCCCAGUCUGCUAAAUUUACAUUUGCCAAAGUUUUCAAUUUCUGGGAUAUAUAACCUAGAAGAAAUCCUUCCCAGAAUGGGUUUUUCCAGCAUAUUCACUCCAAAGGUCAAUCUAUCCAACUUUACUGGACUACCACAUCAAGCAGUCUCAAAGGUACUACACCGAGUUGCUGUGGACAUGAAUGAGAAAGGCAUCAAGGCAGCAGCCACCUCCACCUUUCUAUCUCAGCCUGGGACUUUGAGUCAAGACUCUCCAUUGACUGUUCAUUUUGAUAGGCCCUUCCUUCUGCUGAUUUGGGAAGUGUCUGCCCAGAGUUUGCUUUUCCUUGGAAAAAUUAUAACCCCAAUUGCAAAAUGACUUUGGUAAGAAAUAGGAGAAUGGGAAUCAUUUCCAGUAAAGUCAUUGGUUUUUUUAAUCUCUGAUUUUUCUUGCAUAAAGUAUGUAUGGUACUCACAGGUAUGAAAUAUUUCAAUGAUAUCAACAACAGUAAUAAUAAAAAUCAUUUAGAAAUUUUGUGGACAUACAAUAUAACUUUUUGUGGUCUGAUGCCCAUGGACACUGUUUGUGGCCCUUUCUCUUCCCCAUCCCAUUACCACACUUUAUAAUUUUUCAUUCAUUCAUCCAUGCUCCUGGAAUAGUGAUUGAAUUGUAGUAGGAGCUGAAUAAAUUCUUAUUGAUUGAUUUGGUCAUUCAUUUAUUAUAAAAUCAUAAAAAUAAAACUAAAGAUAUCUUAAAGACCACCUAGUCCCAGAAUCACAGAAUUUGAGUCAGAAGGAACUUCCAUGAUCAUCUAUUCUAAUCCAUGCCUAAAGUGCCCAUUAUAAAAUAUGCCAUAAAUUGUCAUCCUGUUUCUGCUUGAAAUUCUCUCACACAUCACCUCUCAAGGCAAUCAUUUUUGAUUAGUUAUAAUUGUUUUAGGAAGCUUUUUCUGAUACCAACUUGAAAUCUUCCUCUUUGUAACAUUGUUUUCUAAUUCUGCCCUAUGAGGUCAAACAAAACUCACCAUGACAAUCACUGAAUUACCUGGAGACAGUAAUCAUAUCCUUCAUCCUAAUCUCCUCUUUUACAGACUAUACAUGGUCCUUUUCUACAACAAGCAACAAACAAAAACAGAUUAUAUACAUGCCCAAAUCCUUUUACAUAAUCAGCCAGCCAAUCAAAAAAUAUUUAUUAAGCUUUCGUCAGCAUUGCUCUGGGGAUACAAAGAAAGGCAAAAAAAAACAAAAACAAAAACAAAGGCUUUUGAUGGGUUUACAUGCAAAUAACUAUAGAUAGAUUGGAGAUAAUCAAGAGAAAAAAGGCAUUAAUAUUAAGGAAGAUCAGGAAUUGUGUAUAAUUAUGUAUAAGAUAUGGAUUUUUUCCUGGAACUGAAAGGAAGCCAGGGAAACCAAAAGGUAGAGAUGGAGGAGAAAA